AUGUCACCGAAGAAGCUAAAUUCACCAAUGCAGCCUUCUCGAAGCCGACGGAGUCUGCAGGUCGCCCAGGAGCGUAUACGUUGGCUGGUCGCCAACGCGCCAACUCUCCUAACAAUGCUCGACUACGUCUCCUGGGCAAUGGACGUGGUCGAAACACUGCCACAACCACCAAAUGCUGCUUUGCAGCAAUUAGCAUCGCGACGAUCUCCGACGGCUGACCUGCCACGACGAUCUCCGGCGGCUAACCUGCCACGACGAUCCCCGGUGGCUGACCUACCACAACGAUCCCCGGUGGCUGACCAGCCUCGACGAUCCUCGACGGCUGAGCAGCCGCAGAGAUCUUCGACGGCUGAGCAGCCGCAGAGAUCUUCGACGGCUGAGCAUCCUCGACGAUCCUCGGCGGCUGACCCGACGCAGCGAUCUCCGACGGCUGACCCGCCACGGCGAUCCCCAAUGGCUGAGCAGCCUCAGAGAUCUUCGACGGCUGAGCAUCCUCGACGAUCCUCGGCGGCUAAUCCGGCGCAGCGAUCCCCAAUGGCUGAGCAGCCUCGGCGAUCUUUGACGGCUGAGCAGCCUCGACAAUCUUCGGUGACCCGAAGAAGACGGUCUCGGUCGAGCUCAAGUUCUAGCUCGAGUUCGAGCUCGAGUUCGAGCUCUAGUUUGAGCUCUAGUUCGAGCUCCAGCUCUAGCGGAACAUGUACAUCUGUUAAAAGUAUACGCGAUCUCAAGCCGAUUCCUAAGAUCGCGUCCUCGAAUAUGAAGAGAAAAGUAAAUGAUCAAAAAGGCAACGAGCAGAAGAAGAAAAAGAGGUUACGAGACCAGUACCGAGACGUGGUAUUUUGCAAUUAA